AUAUUUCCUUGAAAAGUUUACCUCAAAGUAAUUUUUUUCUAGCAAAACCAGAAAAGUACCCCACUGCAUGAUAAAAUAAUUAUCGAAUAAUAAAAAUAAAUCAAGAAAUUCGUUAUAUGUAUAAAAACUAUUGUUAACUUGAUAAACGAUUAAUAAUGCUGAAAAUGAAAAUAUAUAAAUGAUAUAAGCAUCAUUAUUUUGACCUUACAGUUUUUCAUGAGUUUCUUUGGUGAACUUAAUUAUGCUCUGACAAAUUGUCAAAGGUAUAACAGUAAUUAAUUUAAAUUGUUCGCAAUUUACAUCGGUAUCGUGCCUUAUUAUCGUCAAGGAGGCGACAGUAGCUUAUAAAUGUUAGUUUGCCAUUGCACAACGUGUAAAGAGUAUUGUCAGUUCGAUUUUUUUUCCGAGAACAAAGUUGAGAAGAUGACUGAAAUCUCACGUGAAAUCAGAGAAGUGAAAGACAAAGUUGUUGUCAUCACUGGUGGUACGAGUGGAAUAGGACUGAGCAUUGCAAAGCAUAUGUUGAAGAAUGGAGCCAAGUACGUAGCUUUGUUCGAAUUGGAUCAUGAAAAUUCCAGAAUUGUUUUCGACGAAUUGCACAAGCAGUAUCACGAUAGAAUCGGAUUUUAUCCUUGCGAUGUCACGAAAACUGACUUAAUUUACAAUAACUUCGAUAAGGUUAUGGAAUCGCACAAAACGAUAGACAUUCUGAUAAACAAUGCUGGAAUCGCAGAUGAUAAUAAGCCUGAACUCUCAGUUGACAUAAAUCUGAAAGCUCUUGUUGUUGCAAGCUACAAGUUCAUAGCUCGUAUAGGAAAGCACAAAGGUGGAAAAGGUGGUGUAAUCGUAAAUAUAGCAUCAACCGCGGGCAUAGUUAGCGGAGUAUUGCCCGUUUAUUGCGCUACGAAACACGGAGUUGUCGGUUUCACUCGUACUUUGCAGAUGUCAUAUGGUCUUACGGGGGUAAGAGUUUUGGCUAUCUGUCCAAGCUUUACGAAUACUCCUAUUGUAAAACUGACUUUAAAUGACGAUCUAAAAUUUUUGGAACCAGUUCUCAGAUUCAUGUCAGAUGUUUACUUUCAGUCACCUGACAGUGUAGCUAAAGCAGUUAUCGAUGCUAUCAAAUCGAGCGACGGCGAUGCAUCGGUCUGGGCAGUAAAAAGAGACGAACCAGCUUUUCCAGUCGCAGAAAAAGAAGAUUACCAUGAUUACAUUUGAAUUUGUGAUUAGUUUUGGUCGGAAUCCAUCAGAGAUUUUAUUCGAGAGAAAAAGUAAUAUUAUAUACUGUUUUGUAGUAUGAUUUUCAUUUAACUGUCUCUUGUCGAUACGAAAAAUUGUAACAAAUACUUAUGAAUAUGAUUAUAAAAGUUAAAGAAGCUUCAACCUCGA